UUUCCUCCUUCCACCCGCGGAACCGUUUCCUCCUCUGGGUCUUACGCGGUCUCUCUCAGCUCCAGGCCCUGUCACAGGCUCACAGCCCGUGGCCAGGCCUCGGCCCGCACCAGAGCAACGCGCGGCCUGGAAGGCUGAGGGUCGGGAGCUGCGCGUGGUGAUGAACACCAACGACCCCGACUAUGAGCACGUCUACUCCAUCGAGGCCUUGGACGACCCCUCCGAUGAGCUGCUGUACUUCCCUCCCGCCGACAACCGCACUGACGGUGUGCCUGACAAACAGGAUGCGGGGAAACCUGUCAAAGUUAAAGCCAACAACGCACCGAAGGACGUCAAGGUCGGUGGUAAGGAAGGAGCCAAGACGACAGCGCCGAAGUCAGCCAAGCCCCAACCAGUGAGGGCCAAGAGGGAGACCCUUGGAGAAGCUGCCGUUGAGCGCUGCUUUCUGCCAAUGGAGGAGGGCGGCUGCGAGCGCUACACCAUGCGCUGGUACUUUAACGGCCGUGUUCGGGCGUGCAGGCCUUUCAUCUACAGCGGCUGUGGAGGGAAUGACAACCGCUUCCUCCACUUGGAGGAGUGUGAGGUGGUGUGCCUUGACAACGACGAAGGUUCUCCAUCCAAGCAGACAGGCCGGUGAUGGAAGUUCUUCACUAAACAGGAACAUCUGCCUUUUUUUUUUCAGCUUUUAAACCCUUUUUUUGUUAAAUAUUUGUUGUUUUUUAUUUAUUAUUAUUUCCCAACCCAACCGCACUUGAUGCAUUUGCUUUAUGCUUUUACACUCCUGCACAAAAUACCCUACAUGGUGCUUCAAAGUGUAAAGAAAUAGGUACUGUAAGUGUGUUUAUAAAAACGUAAUACGUCAAAAAAAAAAAUAAUAAUGUUGUCCAAGCUUAAUAAAUAUGUACUUGCCUGACAGCUUCUCAACUAAAUAAAUGGUGUCAUGCUGGAAAAAACAAA